GCACACCCUCAGGAUACGGAUGCGGAAGUGCGGAAGCAAACAAUAACAAGCUAGCUAAGUAGCUAUAUUGAUGUCGGUUAACCUUUUUGUGUGUUUUUGACAUUAUAUUCAGGGAUAUGGCUCUCCCUCCACAGCUAAAAGCCAUUCAGCACCAUCUAAGAACAGCACAGGAGCACGAGAAAAGGGAUCCUGUCGUGGCGUAUUACUGCCGGCUAUAUGCCAUGCAGACGGGGAUGAAGCUGGACAGCAAAACGCCGGAAUGCCGGAAGUUCCUCAUCAAACUCAUGGACCAGCUGGAAACGAUGAAGAAGGAGCUGCACGAUAGCGAGUCCAUCACCCAGGAGGUCGUGGGCAACGCGCACAUCGAGAACUAUGCCUUGAAGAUGUUCCUCUAUGCGGACAACGAAGAUAGAUCCGGACGCUUCCACAAGAACAUGAUCAAGUCGUUCUACACCUCCAGCCUGCUGCUCGAUGUCAUCAGCGUGUUCGGAGAGAUGUCAGAGGAGAACAUGCAGCACAGGAAGUAUGCGAGAUGGAAGGCCACUUACAUCCACACUUGUCUGAAGAAUGGAGAGACCCCUCAGGCUGGGCCCAUUGGCUGGGAGGAAGCAUAUGAUGACGAAUAUGGAGCAGAGGGCGGGGCAGAGGGCGGAGGCUCGUUCCAGGGGCCCCAGUCCCCCACCCACUCCCAGCCGUCCUCCACGGGGUACGACCAGGGGCCAGGGCCAGGCUACGGGGCAGAGGGCCCGGGCGCCCCAGGGUUCGGCUCAGGGGCGAUGGGCCCACCGCCCUCCAACUACAACAGCAUCCACGUUCCCCCAGGGUCCCACGCCCCCGCCAACACACCUGCAGAUCUGCCCCCCCCUGCAGGUGAGCCCGUCAAACCAGUGCCUGUGCCACGCAACAUGCCUGUGGUGGACCCUGUUCUCCUCAGACCCAACCAAGAAGGGGAUGUGCGUCUGACAGCGGAGGACUUCACCCGGGCCCAGAAGUACUGUAAGUACGCGGGCAGCGCUCUGCAGUACGAGGACGUCUCCACGGCCGUCCAGAACCUGCAGAAGGCCAUCAGGCUGCUCACCACCGGGAAAGAAUAGACCCUGUCCUCUUCCAUCUCCCUUCAUCCUCCCCCCCCUUCCUUUCUCCUCUGCCCUCUUCUUCCCAUCCCCAUCUCUUCUCUCACCGCAGAUGCAUUUGAGGAAAAUUAAUAUCUUCAGACCCGACCAAUGUCUCAGCUUUUACCCAACAG